AGACGGUCGAGUCCAUUCUCGCACCAAAAGUGAACCAAAGCGAGAGAAGAAAAGUUUUAUCUUAGCCGUUAUACCGAAACCCACCCCCCUGUUAAACGACCCAACUUUCUGAGCAAACAAACUCUAGAUCAUUUACAGCCAUUUUGGCAGCUCCUCAGAAGCGACACGUGUGUCAUGAAAACGCGUUUGCGCUCUCAGCACCGGUGACUCUUCAGUCUUUCACAGUACGGCACUAGGAAGAGUGCAAAAAAGACGGAUGUAACACAAUGAACCGAGCAGCGAGCGACACGACGUAGCGUUGCUGUUUUUUUGGUUAGAAUCAGAAACGUGCUUUCUUUUUUUUAUGCCUUUUCUGAAGGAAUAGUUCUCCCAAGGAUCGGUUCUCACGCGUAAAGCAGCGCGUGUUUGGUUUGAUUUAUUAAAGGUUACCAAUGGGGUCUCAAGGGCCAGGACGUAAAAGAACCCCCAGCAAAAAUGGGUUGACUGCUGAGGAAGAUGCCCUCAACGUAAUCGCAAAAGAGGCUGAAGCCCGUUUGGCAGCUAAGAGGGCGGCCCGUGCAGAAGCUCGUGAAAUCAGAAUGAAAGAACUGGAGAGACAACAGAAAGAGAUCUAUCAGGUGCAAAAGAAAUACUAUGGAUUGGAUAACUUGGACAACAAAUGGGGGGACAUUGAGCAGUGGAUGGAGGACAGUGAGCGAUAUACACGUGUCUCACGAAGACAUGCUUCGGUGUCAGACGAUGAAGAACGGAUGUCAGUGGGGAGCAGGAGCAACAUACGGUUGGAUUUGGAUGCGGCGGGUGCUUACGGCGGGCUUCCCCAGGUCUCCUCCUAUAACUCACAUAAGAAGUCCAAGAAAAAGAAGAAACAUUCUUCCAAAACCAGCAACGGCUAUGAUGAUGAUCUCAGCACAUUGUCUAGUCGGAGCUCCAGACUCAGCGAUGAGAGCAAAAUGUCUCGCUCCUCUAGACUUGAUCGGCAGUCGAAAGCCUGCUAUCCAUCUGAGCUGUACAGCAGCAGUAGUUAUUCCUCUAAACAUCAAGCCCCUUCCUACAAUGGCUACCAGUUUUCUUUGCCGCACAGCAGGAAGCACAGGGGUUCUGUAUAUGAGGACAGUUUCUACAGCGGCUCUCGACGCUCCAGUGCUCGCGCUUCUUCUGAAUACAGUGGUUUCCUGGGCUCCAGCUCUAGGACUUCGUCCAGAGCAAAUUCUGCGUGUGGAAGUCCAGUGGAGGACUGCAGCAGCUCAGUGGCGAGUUUUAUGAGAAGCUCGGCUAGUAUCAGUGGCCUCUCUAGAGACCUCGAGCGUGUGGUCAUUCCUGACCUGCCAAACGUUAAUGGGAGGCUAUCUAUGGCUGAUGACAGGUUAGAGCGAGACUACUUGGAAAAGGGAUCUUCGAGAGCAUCGACUAUUUCUGGCACCACUCUAACCUCUCUGGGUGGGACAUCCUCACGGAGAGGUAGUGGAGAUACAUCUAUCUCUGCUGACACAGAAGCAUCCUUAAGAGAAAUCAAGGAGAUCCAUGAGCUUAAGGAUCAGAUUCAAGAUGUGGAGGCAAAGCACAUGCAGAACCUCAAAGAGCUCAAGGAUUCUCUUUUGGAAGUGGAGGAAAAGUAUCGUAAGGCCAUGGUCUCCAAUGCACAGCUGGACAAUGAGAAGACCAAUAUGAUGUAUGAAGUGGACACUUUGAAAGACUCUCUAAUGGAACUUGAGGAGAUGCUCUUUGAAACACGCCGUGAGCUUGAGGAAAAGUGUAAGGACCUUGAACGAGAGAAGCAUGCUCAUAGCAUCUUGCAGUUUCAGUUCAGUGAACUGAAGGAGACGUUGAAACAGAGUGAAGAACUGCUCACUGAGAUCCGCCAAUUACGCCUCAAGCAAGACGGCUAUGAUAGGGAGAUUUCUGACCUCCAGGAAACUAUUGAGUGGAAGAAUAAAAAAAUUGGGGCAUUAGAAAGGCAGAAGGAAUUUUCUGAUGCCAUUCGAAAUGAGCGGGAUGAGCUUAGAGAUGAGGUUGUUCAGCUCAAAGAUAUUUUGAAGAAACAUGGCAUUGUCCUUGGACCCGACUUGGCCACCAAUGGAGAAACGGAGGAAGAAGUCGGAAAGGCUGAUCAGAAUUCUCAAACUGCAUCAGCUGAAAUCCGUGAGGGUAGUAGUGUACUAGGCACUCAUCAGUUGAAGGUGUGUAAAGACCAGCAACAAAAAGAUUUGGAUGAUGCAGUGCCAGGGAAUCAGCAGUUUUCAAAUGCCCCAUUCAGUUCUACAAGCACACCUUUAGAAGCAAAUGAGAAUGGAGACCUUGGGGACCAAAUGAAUCAGGGUGUAAAGCUGCAUGAGAAUAAACCUGCAGUGCAUUCUAAUUCUGUUGGUAAUGAUGAACUCACUGCAGCAAGAACCAAUGAGGAGAUAAAAUCUGAGGUACAUAAACCAGAAGAUUCUAGAGAUAAUACAGUGGAAUUAAAGUGCAUAGUUCACAAGGAUGGACUUUUGGAGACGGAUCAACAAGAUAGUGAAUGUGUCAAAACUAGUCAGGACAUCAAAGAAGACUUUGUCUCUGGUUCUGUUCAUGAUGAACCUGAUAAACCUAUUGGAACUGUGCUUGAUGAUAAACUCAAAGAGGAGCCUGUAGAUUCAUCUCAAACAGAGAAGCUUGCCAAAACCCAAGGCGCCAGUGCUUCAAAUAAAAAGAAGAAAAAGAAGAAGAAAAACAAACCGAAGCACAAACAAAGUGACAAGCAAGAGAAUGACACACAGAUUGAUGACAAGAAUGAAACCGUUUGUAAUGAAGACAAACCAAACCAAAAAAUGGAAAGUGACCUAGAAGGAAAUCAUCAGAAGCCCUUAGGGAACGAUAUAUCCAAACCAACGAUGAAUACAGAUGUCAUACAUGAUGUUAAAGGAACCAGUGAAUUGGGUGGUUUCGAAACAAGCAUAAAUAUAAAUGCAGAUGAUGUUAAAGAUAAAAUUCUGUUAGUUACAGAUGAAACUGAUUUAUCAGGAAUUUCUAAAACAAUCUCAAAUUUUGGUUGCCCUGAAUCUAGCAAUGGUGUCAGUUCAGAUGAUCUGUCUAGCAAUGUUAUCUCAAACCCUGCAAACAUUAUUGAUGAACACAAUGAGGACUCGACAAAUCCUGACUCCGUAAGUGUAGUCUGUGGAUGUGAGCUUGUAUCUUCAGAAAUGGUGACUUCACUGCCUCAUGAACCUGCUGCUCAGUCCAUAGAUGCUGUUGAAGGGGUUGUUGAGUGCAUCAGCUCUUCUGAGAACAUUGAGAAAUCUUCAUCAGUAAAUGAGAAGGAAAAUCUGAACUGUGAAUUAGAAGAACAGGAGGAAAAGGUACAGAAUGCUGAUCAAGAUGAGAGCACUAACCUUGAAGAUCAAGAUGACUCUGCUCAUUCCACUUCCCCUGUAAUGGAGGAGGAGGAAAAUGAAGCUGAAAGAGUAAUCCUGGAACAACCUAUUGAUCAGCCAAUGGAAAACCAACUUCAAGACACCAUUGGUGCAGAAUUGGACCAGGAAGUGAUUGAGAGACAUGAUAAUCUGGAUAAAGAAGACAUUAAAGUGCCUACUGAAAAUGUUUUUGAUCCUCAAGAUGGUAUUUUAGCAGAACUGGACCAGGAAGAGGUUGAGAAACAAGAUGAACUGGAUGAAGAAAACCUUAAAGUGCCUACUGAAAAUGUGUCUGAUGGUAGCCAUGUUGAAAACACCCCUAUAAUUGAAACACAGGUUAAUGAGGAUCACUUGUCUCCCAAUGAAGCAAUUAAGAAAUCAGUUGGAGAGUCGGAUUCUUCUGACCAGGAACCCAAGGUAGAAAAAGAUGAGGAGGAAAGAUCAAUCCAAAAUCAGCUUGAAGUGCAACUGCCUGAAGAUAAAGAAGGGUUUCUGGUAAAGUCAGAUGUGGCUUCUCAAGAGCUCAAGGAGGAAGAUGAGGAAGAGGAAGAUGAAGGAGAAUCAUUUGAUUUUGAUGAAAUGGAUCUUGAAGCAUCAUCAAAUGCCCCUCUAAAAAACUUUCAAGAUCAGCCAAAAGAGGAAGGUACUCUUUUUAAAGAUGAAGUCAAAGAAGCAAAACCGGAAUACCAAAACAAUGUCCCCGAUGAGGACCAAACUAUAGAAGAACAUCUAGAACUUGAAGAUCAGGAAUCAAAGCCAAAGGAGCAAAAAGAUGGAGACACAAAAAACCCACAAACAACAACAGUUACAGAAGGAUGUUUAACGGAGGACAGCCAAAUCAGCAGUGAAGUCGAACCUAAUGAUCAGCAAUGUGAUACUUCUGGAACAAAGGAGGCAUUUAAGGAGCAUCGGCAGUCAUCAGAUGAUGUGAAGCUCAGUGAAGGAGUGCUCUCAGAGAUGGAGACUAUAAAUGUAGGCCAAGAAAUUAAUACUUCUAUUCAAAAUGAAAAGGUGUCAAGUAUUUCAGGAGAACAGGAGGUUGAAAAGGAAACCACAGAAAGAAACAAGGAAGAUGAAAGAAAAGAAUCUAAAAAAAGUGGGAAAGGGAAAGGGAAGGGCAAGGGGAAAGAAGAAUGUAAAAUGGCUUAAUAGACAAGGACAGUCUCUUCUCAGCACCUUCAAUUGAAAAAGUAAUUUGCACUUAUGUAGGUCCUAAUGGAAUUAUUUUGGGACCAUUAUUUCAGAGAACCCUAAAAUAACCAAAGUUAUCAUAAGGUCAUUUCUAGUUAUCACUUGCAUAUUGUUCAGCAAACAUAUUUUACACAUGAAUGUUUUACACCUGAUUAACAAAACAGAAUGUUCAAACAGUAUUUAAAAUCAUAAAACCAAUUACACAUUAAAUGCUGUCAAUAAUGGGUAUAAAGUGUCAUAUUUAUUAUGGAAUUUUACAUGUGCAUUAAUAAAAUAAUCUUGUACUAUGAGUAAUACAAAUGAUUACCUUUCUGUUUUGCAGUCAAGUUUAGAAACCUCUUAAUUACAGUGUUUUCAGUAACAAAGGACCUGUAAUGUAUUUUGUUUAAAUUGGUUAUAUUGUUAAAAACAAUUUUUGGUAAAUAGAAAAAUGUUAUUGUGUGCCAACCUUAUUAAACAUUCCAUAAGGAUUUGA